CAAGCCAGAAGCGAAGAGGAUGAAACUAGACGGAUCGCGAGCCUACGUUUGUGGCACUUGCAAGAAGUCGUUCGCGAGCCACCAAGCUCUCGGUGGGCAUGCUGCUAGCCAUAACAAAGAGAAGAACAAGAAAGGCGAAGAGGAUGGGAAUGGACCGAACAAAGAUCGAAAGAAGUCAGGAGAUGGAGAUCAUGAAAAGGAGCAUGUAUGUGAGACUUGUUUGAUGUCUUUUGCAACCGGGCAAGCUCUCGGUGGGCAUAUGAGAAAACACUUUGAUCCUACCAAGCUUAAGAAACCCAAGAGAGAAGCUGAACAAGUGGGAGGCAUGAGUGAAGAUACCGGCGGAAAUUUGGAUGAACUGCCGUUGACAAAUUCUAUGGAAGAAGCUGAUAGGGUUCAAACCGUUACGGAAGAAAAUGGUGGAGCUUUUGGUGAUUUUCAAAAUGUUAACGGUGAAGAAACUGACGAUAAUUCCGGUGAGUCAAGACCAGCAGGUAAUUUGACAGGUCUGCCCCAUGUUUUUGAUCUCAAUGAGCUAGCAUUGAUGUGUGAUGAGGAGAUGCAAGAUUCAGGAAUUUGACGGUUUAUUUUUUAUAUAUUU